AUUUGAUUGGAUUAAUAGCACCAGUUCACUGAACCAAAUGCACCGCCUGAAGUUACUUUCUCCUACGAAAAAACACCAAAUGCCCCCAGUCUCGCAAUCCCGCUAGUUCACAGCCUCCCCGGGAAUGCAAAAAUGUCCUGCACAUCAACCUUCACCUCAGCAUUCCCCGUCCCAAGCAAGAAGACGACCGCUGCCGCCACCAAAAGAAAACCCAAAUCUCGCCGGCUCAGCCCUAUAAUGUCCUUCCAAGAACCACCCACAAACUCCACCCCCAUAACCACCAUCACCAGGCUCCUCUGGGGACGCUCCCUCCCUCCUCAGCUCCUCAUCUCCACCGUCCGUUCAACCUGGUCCGCCGCGUGGCACCUAAUGAUGUCUCAGCUCGCCCCCUCCUCUCCCUCCGGCAGCUACUCCAGACCCCCCAGCCAAUUUCGCGCCAAUUCACAGUCAUCUCGACAAAAACCAGGUGCACUCCACCUGUAUGUCGGAUUGUCCUGCCCGUGGGCUCACAGAACCCUCAUCGUUAGAGCCCUCAAGGGCCUUGAAGACGCUGUUCCCGUGUCGGUUGCGUCGCCCGGCAUGGAUGGCUCGUGGGAAUUCCGGGUUUCCGGUAGCCAGGGCGGGGAUGAUCUUGUCGCCGGUUUGGAUAAUGCAAAUGGGUGUAGAACUCUAAGAGAGGUUUAUAGGCUUCGGAGAGGCGGUUACGAUGGGCGGUCUACAGUGCCGAUGCUUUGGGAUGUGGAGAGAAAGGAAGUUGUGUGUAACGAGAGUUAUGAUAUAAUUGAAUUGUUCAAUUCUGGGUUGAAUGAGUUGGCAGGUAAUCCGGAUUUGGAUCUCUCGCCCCCAUCCUUGAAUGGAAGGAUCAAAGAAUGGAUUCGCAUAAUUUACCCCAAAGUUAAUAAUGGGGUUUAUCGAUGUGGAUUUGCUCAGAGUCAAGAAGCAUAUGAUACAGCAGUGAAUGAACUGUUCAGUACAUUGGACAUGUUGGAUGAUCAUCUAGAGAGUUCUCGGUAUUUAUGUGGAGAUAAGCUGACCCUUGCAGAUGUAUGCCUUUUCACCACCUUGGUUCGAUUUGAUCUCGCGUAUAACAUUUUAUUCAAAUGCACAAAGAAGAAGCUACUCGAAUACCCUAAUCUUCAUGGGUAUAUGCGAGAUAUUUAUCAGAUUCCAAAGGUUGCGGGAACUUGCAAUUUUGGAGCCAUUAUGGAUGGUUACUACAAAAUUCUUUUCCCACUGAAUCCAGGUAGCAUUUGCCCCAUCAUGCCUUCAGGUUGUGAGCAUGAACUCCUUUCCAAACCUCACGGCAGGGAAUCUUUGUCUUUGUUUGAUAAAGCUACAGUCUAAAUUACCAGUUGCUGAUACAAAUUUCACAUGUGUAAUACACCAACUUGUGCACUGUUUGUUUGUUGUAUAUAAAUUUUGUUUCCUUAGGCCUCUACUUCCAAUGUCUACUACCUUGUAAAAAUUAUUCUUCAACUUAUUAAGGAGAAGUUCAUAGGCUGCUUAGCCAUUGCAUCCA